GUUUUAACUAAACCACAGGAUGAUCGAUAAAUUAAAUCAUAUUAUAAAGUUGUACAAUAUUUUGAUAAAUAUUUUUUAUCAAUAAAACUAAUCCACAUAUCUUCCUAAAUUUGGUUGAAGUUAUUCAAUCGGAUCCCAUUUUUAUUUCGUCAAGAACUUCAUGCUAGUAUUGAUCAAGUCAAGUAAUUGAUUUUCCUUUCUACAAUACCAGAAUGGCACGACACCGGGAGGACUUGAAGUUCCUCGCAGUUUAGUUGUUCCUGAUAUGCUAAAAGAGGCGAGAGAAUUGCCUAAAGAGCACCAACCUUUGAUUCCAACAGGUGCGGAUCUUAAAUGGCAAUACAUGUGGAGAAUUGGCCCUCGUCCAUCAACAACUCGCUUUCAGGAUUUGAACUCCGACCACAUCAUACCCGAAGGCUUCCCCGAGUGGGAACAAACUAUGGAUUCAUGGGGUUAUAAGCUCAUGUCCGCUGUUGAGGCUGUUGCUGAAAUGGCAGCAAUUGGAUUUGGCCUACCAAAAGAUGCAUUCACCAGUCUCUUGCAGAAUGGUCCACAUCUUCUUUCUCCAACAGGGGGUGAUCUUGGGAGUCAUGGAAAAGAGGGUACUGUUUUUGCAGGAUAUCAUUAUGAUCUUAAUUUUCUUACAAUUCACUACAGAAGUAAAUUCCCUGGUCUAUAUAUUUGGCUAAGGAAUGGGGAGAAAGUAGAAGUAAAGGUUCCAGAAGGGUGUCUGCUUAUUCAGACAGGAAAGCAGUUAGAAUGGGUUACUGCUGGAGAUUGUAUUGCUGGUUUACAUGAAGUUGUGGUGACUAAUAAAACAAUUGAGGCAAGCAAAACAAGCAAAUCAAAGCCUUUGGAGAGUAUCGUCAACGUUGUUCUCUGCUAUAUCAUCGGAUGCUGUGAUGAAGCCCCUUGGCCAUUAUGCAAACUCGCCUCUUGCUUAUAAGUAUCCACAUCUUUAUGCUGGAGAGUAUUUUCAAAAAGAGCUUGCUAUCAUUAAACUUAAUGAAAACGAUAAAUAACAUCACAAUGUCUACUGUUAAAUUAAGGUGCAGUUAUUUUUGUUUGGAUGAUGCAUUGAUGCCAUGAUGAAUAAAAGAAGGAAUCAUAGAUGCU